AAAGUUUGAGAGGGGCGAUUUACUUCCGCAAGGAUUCCGAUUUUGGUUACAAUCAGUGGCGUGGUCCGCUGAGCUUUCGUGCCUAGACCUUGCAAGAGGAAAUCUAGUCCUCGCGUAUCUUGCGUUUUUCUGCAAGGGAAAUUCUGUGGAGAUGUCCUUCGGGUCAGUGGCGAGAACGUAAACCCCGCGAUCUGGAAGGCUUAGGAAUGGCAUUCUCUACUCCUCUUUACACAGACAUCAAUCGUCUACCAGCACCUGUCCAAGAUUGGAUUGUGACACCUUCCGUGAGUUCGAAAAAAGCCAUGUUUAGAUAUUGGUACCUAAAUGUAGCGAACUUCUACGUUGGGAGUAAACUCACCUAUCCCACAGACAAAUUUAGGGCUCUCGAUGGGACACUCAACGUAAUCCAGCAAUAUAUGCCAGGACUUGAGAACAAAGCCGGUCUCUGGGUUGAGGACUUGCAUUCUGGUCUAGCUUGGGCAACUCAAUACAUUCGGGCAACUAAGUACAAUGAGCAUGUUGCUCCAUCUUGGAGCUGGGGUAAUCUUGACUUGAGCGGCAGCGGCAUCACAAGGAAGGUGAGCAACGGAACCCCAAAUCACGGGAUGCAGCAAUACUUGUACGAUGCGCGCCUGGUCGACUUCUGCACUCCGCUCGCGGGUAUAAAGUCGCCUUCUCUUAACGACCCGACUACCUCUGUGGAAGAUUUCGCUCUCGAGAUAAGCAAUGAAUGCUGCAGUGUCUGCUCGUGCAAUAUCCCGGAGCCCUUCUUGGACAUCAGGUCAGACCCUGAUGAGGGGAUUCAACUAUUCACUCGAGAGGGUUGCUGAUCCAAUCAAUAAUUCCAUUGAAAGACUUGGACUAGAAGAACUUCUAACGCAGCCAUGCUCAGAACACACAGAGAAAGCCCACGAA